GAGAUACUAUAUAAGUCCUUUUCACAGGCUACCCUCAGAACAACCUCGGGAAUGAAAAGAAAAACUUGUUUUUAACAAGAAACAACAAAAGAAAAUACACACGAGAAGAGGAACGGAUUGUUGUGUUUUUUUAUUCUACAUUUAUUCAUUGUUACUGAUUUUUAAAAUUUUCUCUCAGUUUACAUUCAUUUAGGGAAAACCUCAAAGAAGCUAAGGAGAACAAAAGAACAUACAACUGUUUCAAGAAUAAAUCUACUUGUGUCUUAAAAUAAAGAAAACCUCACAAGUUGCUACAGGAACAGGUGACACAGACCACCCAGGGGUUUAUUUGCCUGUUCCACAGCCUAUGUGCUUGUAUUUAACAUUUGACGCCCGCCGCCCUCCUACUAUGGUGAUAAUGGAAGUCCCCAGCAUCGAUGCCAUGUCCCUCCGCGGGCUGCUGGAGGGGGAAGACCCGGGCUGUCUGGUCCUGGACUGCCGCUCAUUCUUCUCCUUCAACUCCUCUCACAUCCCGGGGUCAACCAACGUCCGCUUCAGUACUAUAGUCCGCCGGAGGGCCAGAGGGGGGCUGGGGGUGGGACACAUCGUGCCCAACGAGGACACGCGGAACCGGCUUCUCUCCGGGGAGUAUCAGUCGGUAGUGUUUCUGGAUGAUCGGAGUUUGGACUUUGGCCAAGUGAAGAAGGACGGGACUCUAAUGCUCGCCGUAACAGCUCUGUGCCGAAACCCGUGUGGGACUAGUUUCUUCUUUCUCAAAGGUGGUUUUGACACGUUCUCCUCGGAGUAUCCAGAGAUGUGUACCAAGCCGUCAGCUCCACAGGGACUCAGUCUGCCCCUCAGCGCCCGUCCAGACAGCGCCGAGCCCGGCUGCAGUCCAUGCAGUACACCGCUCUAUGACCAGGGGGGUCCAGUGGAGAUCCUUCCCUUCCUCUACCUGGGCAGUGCCUACCAUGCCUCCAGAAAGGACAUGAUAGACAUGCUAGGUAUCACUGCUCUUAUCAACGUAUCAGCUAACUGCCCCAACCACUUUGAAGAGUCCUUCCAGUACAAGAGUAUCCCCGUAGAGGACAACCACAAGGCUGAUAUCUCCUCCUGGUUCAAUGAGGCGAUAGAGUUUAUCGACUCCAUCCGUAAUAAAGGCGGUCGUGUGUUUGUCCACUGCCAAGCCGGCAUCUCCCGCUCCGCCACCAUCUGUCUGGCCUACCUGAUGAGGACCAACCGCGUGAAGCUGGACGAGGCCUUUGAGUUCGUCAAGCAACGCCGCAGCAUCAUCAGUCCUAACUUCAGCUUCAUGGGCCAACUGCUACGGUUUGAGUCCCAGCUCCUGGCUACUUCAUCCUGCUCGUCGGAAGCCGGGAGUCCUGCCCUGGGGAAGAGCAGUACGGUCUUUAACUUCCCCGUGUCUAUCCCCGUCCACGGCUCUGCUGGACACGGACAGCUCUCCUUCCUCCACAGCCCCAUCACCACCUCACCAAGCUGCUAAGGGGAAGAGUAGGAUCAGAUGGAGGGCUGUCUGUCUUAUCCUGGACUUGAACUGAACUGUCACUAUUGGUGUCGAGUCUUUGUGAAUGUACUGCCACAAUACUAGUACUGUCCUGUAACAAUACUAGUAGUGACAAUACUAGUACUGUCCUGUAACAAUACUAGUAGUGACAAUACUAGUACUGUCCUGUAACAAUACUAGUAGUGACAAUACUAGUACUGUCCUGUAACAAUACUAGUAGUGACAAUACUAGUACUGUACUGUGACAAUACUAGUACUGUCCUGUAACAAUACUAUUAGUGACAAUACUAGUACUGUACUGUAACAAUACUAGUAGUGACAAUACUAGUACUGUACUGUAACAAUACUAGUAGUGACAAUACUAGU